AUUGCCCGCACUACAUAACCCCCUCCCUUCCUUUUUUUUUUAUUUUUGUUCUAAAAUGUACUCCAAAAGUUCAUCGCCACCUCGCUAUACAUUACCUCCUCUGUCUCACUUGCAGCAGCAACAACAACAACAGCAGCAGCAGACAAACUAUUAUCAAAAGUCGACGUUUUCUUAUUCUUAUCCAGAAGAAGAAUACUAUCCAGUCUACAAGCAGGAAUGGUCACCAGUGAAAAAAAAGCCGAACCUGUGCUGGAAAGUCUAAAGUUGAAAAAGAAGCGAGAAAUGGAUGAACGGAUAGCGGAAAUUGACCGUGAAUUUCUAGAGAACCGACAAGUGCUGUACGAUGAAAAGAUGAAGCAAUUGCAAGGAGAAUUGAGCGCGGUAGAGAAAGGAAGACACGAGAUUUUUGAUACAAGUAUAGCUGAUCUAGAUGAGAAGCGCAGAGAGACAAUCCAUGAUGCCAAAUUAAUGAUGAUUUAUCAGAUAUCCAGUGUGGAUAAGCAGUACCAAAAUAAUUAUAACAAAGUGCAUGAUGAAUCACUGGCAGAACAAAAAGAGAUCCAGAAUGCUCUAUUUACAAUGAUCGAAGAAAAGCGAAAGAAGCUAAAGAUCGAUAAGGACGGUGAAGGUGACCUAAUACUUCCUCCGCAUCAAACAAGACAUAGAAAACGUCUGCAGAGAAAACGAACGGACGAUAUCCUUCAAUCUCCUCCCGUCAAGAAAAAGCUGGAACGCCAAACAAGUCACCUUUUGGGCGUGCUUUCUCACCGUGUCGAAGGCGAUAUUGAAGCCGAUUUCUACGCCAUGAGAAAAAAACCCUUCUAGUUUCUUUAAAAAAAUCUUUUUUUUUCUUUUCUUCUUUUUUUAAAAACAAUACAUUCAUAAUGUCAAGUUUUCGAGGCUUGGGUAUUUUAUGCUUUUACUCUAAUGACUUCUUCCAAGGUCAUGUCAUUGACAGAA